AUGCAGUUCUUCACCUACCUCGUCCUGGCCUUCGCUGCCACUGCCGCUGUUAUCGACCCCCAGGUCCACGUCAAGGCCAGAGCGAUUGGGGAUAUGGGCGACGUCAACGUCGCCGAGCCCAGGGCUCUGGAACUGGCCCAGGAGAUCCGACACCUCAAGAUGAAGAGGGAUAGCAAUAUCACUGCCCGCGCCAUCGAGCCCAGAGACAGCAACGUCACUGCCCGUUCCGUCGAGGUCCGCCAUUCCAACAACACGGCGAAGGCCAAGGCACGGGAUGUGAAGUGGUCUCGCAUGGCCAAGCUCUUUUAG